AUGCCGUUCUCUGCCGCGCCCCCGAAAAGAAAGAAAGAAAUGUCUUCUAAGAAAGAGAAAAGGCUGAAGGCAGAGGCCAAACCUUCAAAGGUGACUGAAAGAUCUCUGGGAAAAGGCAGUGAAGAGGAGGGCGUGUUCCAGAUUGGGAAGAUGCGUUACGUCAGAGUGUCCUGCUUCAAGGGGAGGGUCCUCGUGGACACCAGGGAGUUCUACACUGACAAGGAGGGCAGCAUGAAACCAGGGAGGAAAGGGAUUGCCCUGGCUGCAGAACAGUGGAAUGAACUGAAGGAGAUAAUUUCUGAGAUCGAUGCUGCAGUCAAGAAAUUGUAA